AUUUUGUGGCGAAAACAGUGGUCAACACGGAUUAUCUCUACAGUGGGGUUUCUCAGGGCUUUUCUGGCCUCAUGAACCUUGCAAGUCAAGCUGGGGAGCAGCAGUCAAACCUGUUGUUUGUAAAUUUUAACCAGGAUUGCUCAUCACUUGCUGUAGGAACAAAGACUGGAUACAAGUUAUUUUCACUCAGCUCUGUUGAAAAACUUGAAACAAUUUAUGACCAUGAAAGUGACGACAUCUGCAUUGUUGAAAGGCUAUUUUCGAGUAGUCUUGUGGCUAUCGUUAGCCUAUCAUCUCCCCGAAAGCUGAAAGUAUGUCACUUCAAAAAGGGCACAGAAAUCUGUAACUAUAGCUAUUCCAACUCGAUAUUAGCAGUGAAAUUAAAUCGACAGAGACUAGUCGUGUGCCUGGAAGAGAGUCUAUAUAUUCACAAUAUCCGUGACAUGAAAGUGCUGCACACUAUACGAGACACGCCGCCGAACCCAACUGGUCUGUGCGCUCUUGCUGUCAGCAAUGACAACUGUUUCCUAGCAUACCCAGGCAGUAACCAAAUAGGAGAAGUGCAAAUAUUUGACACUAUAAACCUGCGAGCAGUGACCAUGAUCCCGGCUCAUGAUAACCCAUUAGCUGCUAUAAGUUUCAGUGGUCAGGGUACUAAGCUUGCAACAGCAUCAGAGAAGGGAACAGUUAUACGUGUGUUUUCGAUACCUGACGGACAGAAAUUGUUUGAGUUCCGAAGAGGUGUUAAAAGAUGUGUGACGAUUUACUCGCUGGGAUUCAGUACUGAUUGUUUGUUUCUGUGUGCAUCCAGCAAUACCGAGACUGUUCACAUCUUCAAGCUGGAAACCAUCAAGGAUAAACCGGUGGAGGAGCCUCAGGGGUGGUCGGGGUAUUUCGGCCAAGCGUUGAAGAUGUCUGCUAACUAUUUACCAGCUCAAGUUUCCGACAUGAUAAACCAAGGUCGCUCAUUCGCCACUGCUCGCCUAAACACGUCUGGCCUCCGAAAUGUCUGCUGUCUGGCAUUGAUUCACAAGAUAAUGAGGUUGUUAGUGGCCUCCCAGGAUGGCAUUCUGUACAUAUACAACAUAGACCCCAAUGAAGGGGGCGAUUGCACAUUGGUCAGGCAGCACAGGUUAGACGGCCAGACGUCUGACACGCACAUUGCCGACACCGCCCACGACCGGCCCUUAGCGCACCCUAGUGGUGGCAGCUACGCUAGCACCGUGCACCGAGGGGAGGAUACACUCGGUGCUGUUCCCACAGAAUCAGAACCAUACCAGGAGCCUGAACAAGGUGCAGUGGGCGGGGGAGAUGUUAAUAUUGAUGGACAGGGCCUUACAGGCUUGCGAUUGGAUGAUGAUAAUGAGUUCCCACCAAUGACACACAAGAAUGACUGACUGCUCAAUGGAUUUUGAAUUGUUGCCAAGUUCAGCUACAAAGGGUGGUAGAAUUAAGUGAUCAUGGGAUGAUGGAAUGUUAACCACACCUAUGUGUCAUUGUUAAUGAAAAGACAUAUGAAGUAUGGAAUACGAAUAUCUUUUUCCUGACUGAGAAAAACAAAAAAUCUUUUAUUUUCUCUGGGUGAAAUAAAUAAAAUAUAUUUUAUCCUCUGGAUGAGAUAUAAAAAACAAAAAAAUUAAUAUCCUGUGUGGGAAACCUAUUUUAAACCAUUUAAAAAAAAAAAACAGUAUCAGAUUCUUAGCCUCAUAUUUAGAAGGGAAAUGUCAUCCUUUGGGCAGGAAAUAUUUUUUGGUUGAAAGAUGAGACAUAAAAAUGAUGUUACCACAAUUCAAAAUUCAACUUAAUUAUAUGUAAAUUACUGUUUUAUUGAAAUUACUAAUUGGAUAAUAAACGAAUAUGCAAAUUAUAUUUUAAACAUAAUUAAUUCCUCACCUGAUUAUAAUGUUAUGAGUUUAUUUCAUUUAUGUAUCAUUGGGUUUACCUAGGUGUCUUUAAGAAGGGUGGAGUGUGUGUGUUUGGUGCAAACUUCAAAUAUUUCUUGAUUCUUUUGUUUAUUAUCGAUGUGCACCAGUGUCAAUAUAGACACACAGUCUUUUGUCUUGGAUAUAAUUGACUUGCAUGUGUUAAGCUGUGAUACAGUAUCUAAGUCGAAAUGGUUAUUGUAAUUUUAUUGUCACUAGCCUUUUAAACAAAAAAUAAAAUAAAAUAUAUAGAAAAUAACUAGUUCAUGACGUCGGAUAUCUGCUUUAUCUUGUGAAGGUAAGAAUGGGAAAUUCUGCG